CGGUGGCGGGGGAGGGGGAUUUUUGACAUGGACGGAGUGGAUUUUGUCUUCUCUUCUUGAUGAAGAGAGAGCCAAAAAGGAUUGGAUUAAUGGGCUGCAGUGUCUAAAGCCUCUGCAUGUGGUGGUGAAGAAGGAUAAAGAUCCGAAGCUGCGCUUGAUUGCAAAAUCCAUAGUUGUGGGUGUGGCUCUUCGGGUGCGCUUUCUACUUUUGGCCUGCAUUUCUGGGUCUUUUCCGGUCUUUUGCGUUGUAAAGGAAAUGAGUUUUGACGAUUGGAAUCUUGAGGUUAUAGUUGAAGACAUUUUUGUUACAGAAAAUUAGUCUGUACUGGGGGGUUUGGAAGAUUCAAACUUUAUUGUUAAAUGGACUGAAGAAGCAGUCUUUGGAUGCAAUGUUAAAGGCAUUGGCAUCUGGGCUGUUGAUUUUACUGCUUUUUUUAUCGGUAUCUGCGGCUGAUAAUGGAUUUCCCCGAUGUAAUUGCGAAGAUGAGGGUAGCUUGUGGAGUUUUGACAGCAUUCUACAGUGCCAGAAAGUGAGUGAUUUCUUAAUUGCUGUGGCCUACUUCUCGAUCCCCAUCGAGCUACUUUACUUUGUCAGCUGCUCGAACGUCCCUUUCAAAUGGGUUCUCUUUCAAUUCAUUGCCUUCAUCGUUCUGUGUGGGUUGACCCAUUUGCUCAAUGGCUGGACUUAUAGCCAACACCCAUUUCAGCUAAUGCUGGCUCUCACUGUCUUCAAGAUUCUCACUGCUUUGGUCUCAUGUGCCACUGCUAUAACACUCAUCACUCUCAUCCCUUUACUUAUCAAAGUGAAGGUGAGGGAAUUCAUGUUGAAAAAGAAGACUUGGGAUCUAGGACGAGAGGUUGGAAAAAUAAUGAAACAGAAUGAAGCUGGAUCGCACGUUGGGAUGCUUACUCAUGAGAUUCGGAAAUCGCUUGAUAGGCAUGAGAUUCUGAACACAACUCUUGUGGAGCUUUCUCGAAUUUUGGGUUUGCAGAAUUGUGCAGUUUGGAUGCCUAAUGAGGGUAAAACACAGAUGAACCUGACCCAUGAAGCUUAUGGGAGGAAAUAUUCAGAUACCUAUAAUUCUUCUAUACCAACUACUGAUCCAGAUGUUGCAAGGAUCAAGGGGAGUGAUGAAGUGAAUAUCCUUAGCCCGGAGUCUGCACUUGCUGCUGCAAGCAGUGGAGAGUCAGGUGAACCAGGACCUGUGGCUGCAAUUCGAAUGCCAUUGCUUCGGGUUUCCAAUUUUAAAGGGGGAACUCCUGAGAUGAGACGUUAUGCAAUAUUGGUUUUGGUUCUUCCAAGUGGACAACCUAGAUCUUGGAACAGCCAGGAAAUUGAGAUUAUUAAGGUUGUUGCCGAUCAGGUUGCCGUGGCUCUUUCCCAUGCUGCACUCCUUGAAGAGUCCCAGCUCAUGAGAGAGAAAUUGGUAGAUCGAAAUCGAGCAUUGCAACAGGAAAAGAGGAAUGCUAUGAUGGCAAGCCAGGCAAGAAAUUCCUUUCAAAAGGUAAUGAGUGAUGGGAUGAGGAGGCCAAUGCACUCAAUUUUGGGUUUGCUUUCAAUGUUGCAGGAUGAGAAUAUGAGCAACGAGCAGCGAACUGUUGUAGACACAAUGGUGAGGACCAGCAGUGUUCUAUCAACCUUGAUAAAUGAUGCAAUGGACAAUUCUAGGAAAGAUAGUGGUAGAUUUCCAAUGGAGAUGAGAUCGUUUCACUUACACUCCAUGAUAAGAGAAGCAGCUUGCCUAGCAAAGUGCUUGUGUGUCUAUAAGGGCUUUGGUUUUGCAGUUGAGGUUGAGAGGUCACUGCCUGAUCGUGUAAUGGGUGAUGAAAGAAGGGUUUUCCAGGUGAUUUUGCAUAUGGUUGGGAACCUGUUGGAUGGCAACAAUGGAGGGGGAUUUGUGAUACUCCGGGUUUUCUCUGAGAGUCGAAGCCAGGGAAGGAAUGAUCAGAGAUGGUCAACCUGGAGACAUAGCUCCUCUGAUGUGGAUGUACAUAUUAGACUUGAGAUUGCAAUAGAAAAUAGCGGUUCUCAGUCGGAGGGUUCAGUUUCAAUUGCACAGCCUGGCGGUAGGAGGUACACCAGUGAUGGACUUGAGGAGAGUUUGAGCUUUGGCAUUUGCAAAAAGCUAGUGCAGUUGAUGCAAGGCAACAUACGGGUUGUCCCAAAUCAUCAAGGUUUUGCUCAAAGCAUGGCACUUGUUCUUCAGUUUCAACUGCGACCAUCCAUUGCAGUAGCCAUCUCAGAACCUGGAGAAUCUUCAGAGCACGCACACUCUAACUCUCUCUUCAGAGGCUUACAAGUUUUACUGGCUGAUGAUGACAAUGUGAACAGGGGUGUGACCCGAAAACUUCUUGAAAAGCUAGGUUGCGUUGUCACUGCUGUUUCUUCUGGAUUUGAAUGCCUUAGUGCUAUUGGCCCUGCAGGCUCUUCUAUCCAAAUCGUUUUAUUGGAUCUUCACAUGCCGGAGUUGGAUGGGUUUGAAGUUGCAAUGAGAAUUCGGAAAUUUCGUAGCCGUAGUUGGCCACUGAUCGUUGCCUUGACAGCAAGUGCUGAUGAAGACAUGUGGGAAAGAUGUAUGCAUAUUGGAAUGAAUGGAAUCAUUCGGAAACCAUUUCUGCUGCAGGGUAUUGCCAACGAGCUUAGAAGAGUCCUGAUGCAGGCAAACCAAGUCUGAUGAGACAGGCUGUAAGUUAUGAGAUUUGCAGCUGUCAGAAUUCUUUCGCAUCUCUUCGGGUUCAAGAUAAAAAUAAGCAGACGACUUUAUUUGGCUCCCCCAGUACCCGUACAAGCUUCCAGCACAGAGAUGUUAUUAUACACAACAUUCAUAGUCAAAAUGCUAUACAAAAUUAGGUCACUUCAUUGACGUACCUCUACGUGUUUGAGUUUUGUUGUAUUGCAUAGAUAGUUUCGUGUCUAAUCUCAGGUAAUUAAAACUAUCUUCAAUACACCCUUCUAAUUUUUUUCUAAAGUAUCUUGGAAAGUGUAUAAAGUUGAUUUGCAGGUUUUUCAUACAAGCGGUAGUAGAGCAGCUAGGAGACAUUAUCGUACAAUGUCUUGAGCAAAAGAUGCUUACUUUGGGAUGUUUGUUGACGGGUAUCUGAAAAUGAACCAUAAUGUAUAGUUAUCUUUGCAUAAAUUUUUUUCUUCAGUUGGUAAUCAGUUUAUUGACAAUGAUAGAACGGCUAAAACAAAUUUAAGGGACUAUCGUUCGUAAAGAAGUUCGAUUCAAUAUUGUACCAUAACUUGUGUU